AGGCUAGCAAUAUUCUAUCUACCCGAUUAUCUACUCUAUCUUCAACACAAACCUUUUCACGGCAAUCUCUCAGAUAUGAAGCACCAAGUUCAAAAAAAUGUUGUUGGGGUUCCUGUAAGCUCAUCUGUGUAUUCAAAUAAGAGAUCAUCAGGCAACCUCGUAACAGACCAUAAUCUUGCUAUCAAGUGCUACAAUCCGCCUGCAAAGACAAAUUCCAAAUUUAGUCACAAUAAACUAGUAUCAACAAAUUAUAGGACAAACAAGCUUGUCGGAAGAACAGAAAGUUUUGCACAAAGAGUCAGGGAGCACGUGAGAUUAGGCCCCAAAAUUACUGAAACCCUGAAGGGCAAGCUGAGUUUAGGAGCGAAGAUUCUCCGUUUAGGCGGAGUUAGCAAAGUUUUCAACAAGAAUUUCAACACAAGAACAGGAGAGAAGUUACUAAAAGCUUCCCAAUGCUAUCUGUCAACAACAGCAGGUCCAAUCGCAGGACUCCUCUUCAUUUCCACCGACAAGAUCGCCUUCUGCAGUGAGAGGACAAUGAAAGUAUCUUCUCCAACCGGAGAAAUAUUAAGAGUACAUUAUAAGGUGAUGAUCCCUCUAGGGAAGAUUAAGAGAGCCAACAAGAGCACAAAUAUCGAAAUUCCAUCACAGAAGUAUAUAGAGAUAGUGACCGGUGAUGAUUUUGAUUUUUGGUUCAUGGGAUUCAUUAAUUAUCAGAGAACUUUCAACUAUCUAGAACAAGCAAUCUCUCAAAUGCAAUGAAGAAAGAAAUGUUUUUAUCCUUUCUGCCUUGCUGCAUGCAACGCACGUAUAUAACUUGAGCUAUAGAUUACACAUAUGGAAGUUGGAAGGUGCAUUCUCUGAAAAUAUUUGGAUGUAAAACAAAGUGUAGAUACAUGAAUAUUUCAGUUGGAUUAGAUAUUAAAAGUUCAUGAUUCUGCCUUA